AUGGACGAGUCACUGGGAUCAGACCCUUCGGAGGAACCACAAAGUGCCGACCCACAAGAUGCCUAUGAACGUGGGCAUGGCCCUUACCAGCCACACGAACCGGGCUAUGGUCUUGACCAGCCCGGAUACAGCCCAUACGAGGAUGAGAUUCCUGAUCCCCAAGCCCAGAUGCUGGCAAUCAAGAAUGCAAAAGCCUAUUUACUGAAGACCAGCACAAAAUCUGGCCUGAAUUUAUAUGAUCAUUUUGCUAAUAUACUAACAAAGAUCCUGGAUGAACAGCCCACAAAUGUAGUAGACAUAAUUGAGAAUAUCAGCAAGGAUGUGAAGUGGGCUCAGUUUCGGAAAAAAAUGGACACUCUCCGAGAUGAACAUCUGAUUCCUCCAACAUUUGAAGCUGCAGAAAAGUGUAAAGCUUUGUUCGUCAAGGAAGGUGGAGAAGAAGAACAUGAAGAAGUAGAAGAAGAGAUGGGACAGCCCUCUCUACCAAAUGUGAUGGAAACAGCCUUUUAUUUUGAACAGGCUGGAAUUGGCUUGAACAAAGAUGAAUCCUAUUACAUAUUCCUUGCCCUUAAAAAUCUAAUUAAUGUUCAUCCAAUCCAGACCUGUCGCUUCUGGGGCAAAAUUUUGGGCCUGGAAAUGAACUAUAUUAUAGCUGAAGUACAGUUACGGGAAGGGGAAGAGGAGGAAGAAAUAGAAGAGGAAGGAGAGGAAACUAUUGCAGGAGAGAAAGAGUUGGGUGAGGGUGAAGAAGAAGAGGAGCAGAAAGAAAAAGAAGCUGAACCACCAAAGUCCACCUAUAAACCCCCACCUGAGAUCCCAAAAGAAGCAAAUGGGACUGGGACUAAUAAAUAUGUCUACUUUGUCUGUAAUGAGCCAGGCAAACCCUGGAUGAAGUUGCCUCCAGUGACACCAGCCCAGAUUGUCUGUGCCAGGAAAAUCAAGAAGUUCUUCACUGGUCGGCUGGACGCUCCUGUUGUGACCUUUCCUCCUUUUCCUGGAAAUGAGGCCAAUUACCUGCGCGCACAGAUAGCUCGAAUCUCAGCAGGAACCCAUGUCUCUCCCACUGGAUUUUACCAGUUUGCAGAGGAGGAAGAAGAAGAAGAAGGAGCAGAUACAUAUGAAGAAAAUCCCGAGUUUGAACCUCCUCCUGUGGUUGAAAUGGUGGAGUCCCUCACAAUGUGGGCACACCAUGUCAAGGGCAUUCUAAAUCAGGGUCGCUGUUCUUGGAUUAAUCCUUCUCAAAAAUCAGAGGAAAAUGAAGAAGAAGAUGAAGAGGAGGAAGAGGAGGAGGGAGAAGAGCAACAGGAAGAAAGAGGACCACCCCUUCUUACUGUAAUCUCUGAAGAUGAAGGCAUGAAAGACAUCCCUGCUUGGACAGCUCAGGCUUCUACAAACCUGAUCCCGCAAUAUUCUAUUGCAAUCCUGCAGUCUAACCGAUGGCCUGGAGCUUAUGCCUUUGCUUCUGGCAGGAAAUUUGAGAACAUCUACUUUGGCUGGGGUCACAAAUACAGUCCAGAAAGUCACACUCCUGCACUGCCCCCGCCAGCACAAGCAGAAUUCCCCAGCGGGCCAGAAAUCACUGAGACAGUAGACCCCACUGUGGAAGAGGAAAUGGCUUUCAAGGUUGCGCAGGAAGAAGCCUUAGCCGAAGCUGAGGAAGAGGAAGAUGAGGAAGGGGAGGAUGAUUAA